AUGGUAGAAGCCGGCAGCGGCGCCGGCGCUCCGUCCUGCCGAAGCGUGGUCGGCCCCGCGGCACGGCGGUGCUGCGGCGGCGGGUGCGGGCUGGGGCGGCUGGUGCGGCGGCUGCGGCGGCAGGGCAGGCAGGCGCUGUGCGCGGCGGCCAGGCCGCCAUCGGCGUCGGCGGAGGCGCUCCGCGGGUGCCAGUACGAUCCCUUGAGCUACGCGCGCAACUUCGACCACACCGGCUUCGGCGACCCGGACGCCAGCAGCCUCUACUACAGCUACACCUUCUCCUCCCGCUUCGUGCUCGCGCCGAGCGCCGCCACAUCCUCCGUCGCGGGAGCCGUUCCAACGCCCGCCGGCAUCAUCGUCACCGCCGCCCGGCCAACCGCCGCGAGCCACUAGCAGAUCAUUAGCUGUGCUGCACUGCUUGUUUUUAGCUCACCUUUUCUCUUCAUGCUCUUUUCCUCAACCUCUGGAAAGCAUCCUUUAAGAAAACUUUCCCGAUCCGAAGGGAAAGCCCGUGGAAUCGAGACGAUUCAUUGUAAAUUAAUAUAGUAGGCCAUUGCUGGAUCA